AUGACGACGUCGUUGGAGGUGCAGAACAUCUUCGGCGUCGCGUCGGGCUGCGCGGAGUACUGCGAUGCGCACACGGUGGGCGCGGAGGUUCGGUCGGCGAAAGUGGAGCUCCCGCUCGUCGCCGUCGCCGGCGCGGGGGGUUCGGGAAAGUUUGCCGCGAUAGCGGCGGAUCGAUCCGUGCGAACCUACGUCCUCCCGGCGUCCGGCACCACGGACACGCUCAAGCCGCAGUGGACCGCUCCGGCGGGGGUGGGCAAGGCGACGUUCGGCGGGCUCGUCGCGGCGGGCGACGGGCGCCUCGCCGUCGCCGCCGGCGACGGCGUCGUGUCGACGUGGUUGGGUGAAAAAGUCGCUUCGUCCGUCGCGGCGCACGACUCGGAGCGCGGGGGCGCGGGCGCCAUCGUCGCUGUUCCCGGCGGGCGGCUCGUCACCGCGGGCCUCGACGGCGCCGUCGUUGUCGUCGCCUCGGCGGGCGACGCGGCGUUCCCGGAGGUUGAGGUGGACGGGGCGUUGGCGGAGGCGGCGGAGAGGGACGGGGCGAGGAGGCGAAACGCGCCCGUCGGAUCGGAACCCGCGGAUGAUCCGACCGAACCCGUCUUCAAGGACCAAAGGCCGGCCGACGACGAGGUACCUGAAAAGGAGGAUGAAGGGAAAGAGGAAGGGAAAGAGGCGGUCGUCGUCGCCGCGGACGCGGACGAGGAGGACACCCCCGAGGCCGCCGCCGCCAAAGCCGCGACGCUCGAGAAGGUGAGAGCCCUGCGAACGCGGCUGGAGGAAACCAUCAAGCGCAACGAGGAAGCCGACGAGCUCGAACGGAUUCCGCGCGAAAACCUACUCAUAGACGAGAAGUUCCGGGACGAGCUCAUCGCGGAAGGGGACGAGCGCGUGGCCGCGGCGAAGGAGGUUCUCGCCAGGGAGACGCUGUACACCGACUACCUCGGCGCGAAGAUCAAGAAGGAGUGCUGGGAUACCAUGGCCACGCACGGAUCCGCCGUCGUCGGGUUCAAGGACACCGAUCUCGUGGUGUACAACUAUCCCCUGAUGGUCGAGGAUAAGCGCGCGAAGCUGGCGAAGGGCGUGGCGUUCCUGCGACGGAUGGAGGUUGCCGAGCAGGAGUAUCUCGCGGACCAAGGGGAGAUUCCGACCGAGGAUCUGUUUGACCUUCGCGUAGACCUCCCAGCCUCUGCCGGGGGCGGCGACGGGAAAAAGAAGAAGAAAAAGACGGAAGAGGAGGAAGAAGAAGAGGCUGCCGCGGCCGCCGCCGCCGCCGCGGCCAAGGCCAAGUCCAGCUCGUACGAGUCGCUCCUGUACGACAUGUUCAAGGUGUACCCGCCGCGGCGCAAGAUCACGCAGAUGGUCAUGCUGCAGAUGGCGACUCGCGAGAUUCGAAGGGCGUUCAACGCGGAUUACGAUCACAUGGUUGGCGUCAAGAACGGAUACAUGGACCGGCUCGGGGACCUCAACAUCCGCAUCGGGGACAUCAGACGCGAGCUCAAGGGCUGGACGGACACCACCGACGACGGGGCGCCGGUGUUUGUGCCGACGAUCGAGCUCGUCGAGAUUGAAAACGCGCCCGUCACGGUGAAGGACUCGGAGAUCAAAUCGCAGCGUUGGCUGUCACCCGAAGAGAGGGCCAAGAAAGAUGCCGAGGAUGCCGCCGAGGCGGCGCGGCUCGCGGCUCGCGGCGCCAACGACCCGUCCGAACGCGCGCUCAAGGACAUGAUGGGUGGUCAGCUCGAGAACGACGAGGCUGGAAAGCAGGCGGAGGAACUCCCCAAACCCGACUGGAUGCUGGAGACGGAGCCCGAGGAUUACAGCGACGAGCAGAAGAAACUCGCGAGGGAGUAUGACAAGAAGAACAAGGUGUACCAGGAGGAUCUCCUGAAGAAGCGCAGGCUCCUCGACGCCGAGCUUCGCAAGACCCGCCAGGAGGCUGCCGACAUCGUCAAGACGUGGGACCAGGAGCUCGCCGAGUUUUCCGCCAGGCGAUGCGACACCGACGCGAGGCUGGCGCAGAUGGAGGCGUGGCUCGUCGUGUGCGCCAACGAGGUUGAGGUUGGCGCCGACGACGACGUGAGGAUCGAGCUGGAGCUCGGCGAGGAGCUCCGUGAGGUCACGGAGAAAAAGGCGGAGAGCGCCGCGGCGGUCGCGGAGUUUCAGACAGUCGUGGACGCCGCGCAGAAGCGACUGGACGCGUGCGUCGAGCAGGAUAAGAAGCUCGAGGCGAAUUUCAUUCGCGCGUUGGGCGACAUCGACGAAGACGUCAUCAAAAAGCUCCUCAACCUGUACAAGCGACGCAAGAACCCCGCUCGCAAGGAUAAGACGACGAGUCGCGCCAGCCAGAACCUGCGGGCCGCGGGGCGCAGAGUCUCGCGCGCGGGCGCGGCGCUCCGCGCAGCCGACAAGCUCAAGUCGUCCAAGGGUGCCGAAUCUCUCGAGGCGGCGGCGGCUGCGAUGAUCGCCAAGCCCCCGGACGCCGAGGCCGACACCGGCGCCGCCGACAACGUCGUGCUCGCCGCGCGGGUGGAUCCGUUCCACGGCGCGGUUGGCGGGCCCGCCGCGGAGCUCAAGCACAAGCCGAGGCCCCCGCCGGUGGAACCGUUGGAUCCCGACUUUGACCGGAGCGAGGAUAUCCGCGAGAAGGACUGGGAGAAGCUGGUGGAGCACAGGGAGAAGAAGAUCGAGAAGGAGGCUGAGCUUCGGGGGAUCAAGGAGGACAUGGACGAGAUCCAAUCCUACAUGUUCAGACUCACCGAGAAGGACAUCGUGCUCCAGGCGAGGAUCGACGAGCUCGAAGGCGAGAUUGAGGCGCACGCGGGUGCGAGGUUUGCGAGGAUGUACGACUUUUUGGUGCCAAUCACCGUGAGGCAGGGUCUGGCCGAGGCGAUCGUCCCGGACCUCACGCCCACCGGGUUGGAGGUCACCAAGGCUGCGGAGGCGGACGUCAUGCUUAUCCAGCGCGACGUCGUGAACACCUUGAACAACUCCAUCUUCAAGCACUGCGAAGGCAAGGUCAAGCGGCUCACCGCGAUUAAGGAUUUCAAGAAGGGAAUUUACGACCUUGAAUGGGAGAAUGCGCGGCUCAACAUGGAGGCUGACGACCUGGUCGCCAAGAUCAAGGAGCUUCAGAUGACCCGCGCUGACAGUGCCUUACUCCCGGACAUCCUCUACGACCCGAUGGACGCGAAGACCGAGGAGGAUGCCCUGAGCGAACGCAAGAAGAAGGAGAUGGACUCGCUGCAGAGGAGAGUCAACCACGCGGUGAAGCUUCACGCGCGACUUCUGGCGGACAAAAAGAAGGAGGUCCAGAAGGUCCGAAGGAAGAUCGAGAGCAUCGCGUCGCAGAACGAGGAGAUCUCGCUGAAGGCUGCGAAGAUGCGCGAGAGCGUGUCGGAGUACGAGCGCAUCCGCGACAGUCGCGGCGGCGCGGCUGGGGGCAAGGACAACGCCGCCAUCGCCGCCGAGAUGAAAAUGCGCUCAGUCGUCUCCCAGUCCAAGCUGCAGCACAUCGCGCGGGCGCAGGCUGAGGAGCUGGCCGUGCUCCAGGAUGAGGUGGAGCGGCUGAGGUUGCGGACGUUUCCGUCGUUCGUCGAGCGGACGGACACGGUUCGGCUGCCUGACAUCCACGCUCGACCCACGUCGCGUCGACAGUACUGAACGGGAAAAAACAACUGUAUCGCCUAUCAAUAUACUUAGCCUAAGGUCUACCUUU